CCUGGGGAGCAGGGGUGGGGGCCCUGCACUUCCUGCCUGUCCUUCACCCAGGGCACCCAGCCGCCCAGCUUUCGGGUGUGUUGACAGACGGGCGGAUGCACCUACGUCCUGGGCGGGCAGCUGUGGUGCAAGGCCCUGCCUGGCAGGAAACCACGCAGAGGAGCAGAGGAGAGGAGAGGAGAGGGGCGGCCACCAUGGGGCCCGGGAGGCGAGUCAGGGUUGCCAAGUGCCAGAUGCUGGUCACCUGCUUCUUUGUCUUGCUGCUGAGCCUCUCCAUGGCCACCGCAAUGGCUCUCCUUCACCUCGAGGACCGCUUUGCUGUGGUCAGCCGUGCUUCCCUGGACAGCAACCCGUGGGAGGCCGUGCACCGCUGGGUCUUCUCCCUGGGGAUCAGCCUGGCGGGCCUGCUGAGCCUGGGAGCUACCCUGAGUGCCGCAGCCACCAUGAGAGAGGCGCCAGGCCUCCUGGCCACGGGCUUCCUGUGCUUCGCCCUGGUGUUCUGCAGCCUGGUGCAGGUGGCCCUCUGGAGGUUCCACAACCCCACCCAGGUGGAGGACGCCAUGCUGGACACCUACGACCUGGUGUAUGACCAGGCGGUGAGGAGCCCGUCCAGCAUCCAGUGGCCCGAGCUGGCUGCCAUCCAGGACACGUUUCUGUGCUGUGGAAAGAGGUCCCCUUUCCAGCUUCUGGGGAGCAGGGAAGCCGACCCGUGUCGGGGCGAGGAGGCAGCGAGAGAGGACUGUCUGCAGAGCAUCAGGAGCUUCCUGAAGACGCCACAGAACAUCGCCUUCAUGCUGACCAGCACCGGCCUGGCCCUCAUGGUCUAUGCCAUGCUGCUCAGCUCCUUCCUCUGCUUUGCCGUCCGCUCCGGCCGUGGCUUGGACCGCAGAGGCAAAUACACCCUGACUCCUCGAGCCUGUGGCUGCCAAGUCCAGGAGCCCAGCCGCUUCACACUCUCCCAGGGUGGACCUGUACCUCGACGCUCCUCUGAAGCAGAGGCUCUUGCUGGCCAUGGGGUCCAAGAGGAUGCGUGCAUGACCCUCAUCGGCUCCAGAGCUUACCCCCUGAUUCGACCCUGUCCUGCCACUCGUCUGCCCACAGACGGGAGGCACCAGCCACAGGCCCCACAGGACCCUUAAGGAAGAUGAGCUCCGUCCUUCAGGUAGAGGGGAUGGGGAAGACUGGCCAGAUAAACAGACUCCGUGCAGAGCAGACGGAGCCCAGGGUGGUCCUCUGACGCUGCAGAAUGGAAUGAGGGGAGAAGAGAGCAAGCAGGGCCGCCGAGGAGGACCAGAGCGCCGGUCAGCACACACCCAGGGCCUGCCGCUGCUGUCCUAGGCAGAGGCCACCCUCUGGGGCCCCCACAGACCAGACCUGACAAGCAGGCGACGGUGGACAGAACUCACCCGGCUCUCGGGGAGGCAGCUGGGUGUGGACCUAUGCCCCAUCCCCCGGUGCCAACUGCAGCCGGAGAUGACGGGGGCCACAAAGCUGGUGAUCCUGUCAGGUCUCAGCCCAGCCAUUUUUCUGGGACUGUCACACAGAGACUUAAACUGCUGCUGCUCUUUCCAUUGCUCCUCUUCUGCUCUAACAAACGUGGCGGCCCACGGCUCUGAGGGCAGAGUCCAGCUGGGCUGGGUGGGCUCUCCCUCAGGGUCUCACAGGCCAAGUUCUCCUGGGGACAGGCGGGCGGGGCCAAUGGGGGCCACUUUCUGCUCCUUGAGAUGCCCAUCCCUCCUCCUGUGGCCACCGUCACUCAACCACAAGGGCAGGGAAGUCUCCCUCAAGCUUCAGAUCCUCCACUUCACCAGCUAAGAGUCCUGCGCUCCGAGGUCCACGAGGGGUCGAGGCCCCCGCAGCCUCUCCUGACUGAACGAGGAUCUUUUCAACUGUGGGGAACACACGGAACGCGAAGCUCCCGAUCCCCGUCAUGGCUCAGCGCCCGACCGGGGCACUGAGCACGUCCUCCCUGCUGUGCCGCCAUCACCACUUUCCCAUCCCCCCAAACUGAAGCUCUGUCCCCCAGAGGCUGGCUCCCAGCUCCCCCAGCCACUGGAACCCCCCCCCACCCGCUUUCUGUCCCUGUGGAUCUGUGACUCAGGGACCUCACAGAAAUGGAAUCUCAUAGCACUUGUCCGUUUGUGGACAGCUUAUCGCACCCAGAAUAGCACCCUCCAGCUCCACCACGUGCAGCGUGUCAGGAUCCUGAAGCAGAAACCUUAUCGCGUUGUCAGAGAUGUCACAGGCACAGGUUCUGAGGGAUUUGCCAGGAGCGAGCCGUGCCAUUAACGCGGACUGGGCGCGUCUGUCUUUGCAUGAUUCAGAGUGCACUGAGCGACAGCGGAUUCACAGCAGCACUGUCCCUCACAGACACCCUGGUUCACUCGGUGGUGGGACCGUGCCGUGGCACCCACAGGCGCUUCCAUUCCAUGCCACUCGUUUUUGCUUUUUAAUAUUUCUUUGUUGUCAAUGGA